GUGUUUGUGCUACAGCGCAAUACAAUAGCACGUGUCGGUGUAAUACCACUCCAGCACGUAUGGUGGAGGACGUGGAUCAGACGAGCGGUCGGAGUUGAAGCCUCACACACUUGUCUUUCCUUUUCCGGAGACUGCCGUGUGCGGCGGCGUUUUAGAAUGAUGGUGACCGGAGACACGGGCGUUAUGGAUCUACGUUCUCCGACGGUCUCUGAAGCCUCCACGUUGGAUGAUGAAAGUGUAACGAAAAGCCGAUCAGAGCGUCGACCAGCAGAGGGGAUCCGUGUUAUUCCCAUCCACCUCCGCCCGGACCUGCUGCUUCCCUGCGCUGACCUCGUCAACUCCGAGUGGCAGAGGAGCCAAGCUGCCCGCGUUCACUCGCUGCAGAAAUCCUGUCCGGAGUUCCCCAUCUGCCUGGUUCUGUUGCAAGGUUCCAAAGACGCCGAGAGGAUCCUGGGACACGCUCGACUCUCCAGAGUCGUAGACCGCGGCGGCAGCCUGUUCGUGGAGUCGGUGGUCGUGUCAAAGGCGGAGAGGGGCAAAGGCUACGGGCGAACAUUGAUGGAGGAGACAGAGCGCUAUGCCAAAAGCCGAGGCUUCAGUCGCUUGUGCUUGACCACCCACGAUAAGCAACAUUUCUACGCCCACAUCGGCUAUGCGCUGUCGACGCCGGUGCAGAACGCCGGAGCCGUGGCAUCAUUCGUUCCGAUGGAGAUGCUUGUCAGGUUUUCCCGGAUGCCUGAUGUAGAGGUGAACAUGCAAAAACAAACACAGAAGGUUGGAAAGGGGCACCCAGUUGGGACUGCUGGACCUCCUCCUCAGUGUUCUAUACCUCAACUCUCUCCGACAUCCUCCAUCCUUCCUCCUCCGCCUCCUCCACCACCACCACCUCCUUCCACCCCUCCUCCUCCUGGAGGAGAACCCAUGAUUCAGACUCUCACGAAAACUCCCUACAGAGAUGCAAAGGGAGUGUCGAUUUUUUGGAUGCACAAAGACCUCUGAAGACAAUUCUGGGGUAAACGGUCUCAAAAAGAAACUAGUGGACAAAACCUAAAGAGAGAUGAGUUCUAAAGCUUUUAUGUACUAGAUCAUAUCUGGAGCCCAUUAAAUUUUAACACCACUAAACUACGGGAGGUGUGUAAUCCUUACAAUGCACGUAUCGUGUUCUUCCGUUAUUUUUUUUUAGUUCUGGGAUGACGGCAAAAUGACAUGGUUCCUCUUUGACAGAAAAAUAUAUCAGCAUCCAUUUUCUGAAGAGCUUGUUCGAGCAUCACGGAAGAAGAAUAAUUCAAUGAAUGUUAUUGGAAAUAUUUGUUUUGUUGCAGUAGAUACAAAAAAAAUCUACACCCCUCUUCAAAUGUAAUUUUUUUGUGAUGGAAAAGAAUGAGACAAUCAUUUCAAAAGGUUUUCCCACCAUUAAUGUAACUGAUAACAUGCACAAUUCAUUUCAGGAAAAAAUCUUUCUAGAGAUAAAGGCAAAAUAAAUGACUGAAAGUGUCUGUUUGUUUAAAAAAAAAGUCUUCCUGUCUAUACUGUCAAUUUGCAGGUAAGAAUAAUGUUUGUAAUGUUGGUUAGGUGAAGACUCCCGUAGGUGUGACUGUUACUGUGAUUGGCUGUUUGUUCAAAAGUGCUUUGUGAUUGGCCAGCAACUAGUUGGGUGUUUGUGCUGCCUCUCACCUCCAACACUGCUUAUGACCCAAGUGAGGAUGUGUGCUGACAAAUGUUGUUCUUAAUCUAUUUGUUGACCAAGCGGUGACCUUUGCCCCAUCCUUGCAUUCAAACUUCUGAGCCUCUUGACGAUGCUCCUUUUAUAAUCAAUCACGACCCUCACACGUUACAAUUUAACAUGUUCAUGUGUGGAAUGUUUGUUUGAAACAGUUUUUUUUUUUUUUAGCGUUCCCUCAACUUUUUUCUUUUGUGUUUGUUUUGUUUUGUUGCCCCUGUUACAGCUUUUUGGGAA